GCUUCCUCGGCCUCCACGCUCCGUUCUAUUCACUUCUCUGCCCUGAACUCGGCGACCUCAGCAGCGCCAGCGAGUCCAUGUUCAUCUUCCUUCAGAGGCCUUAUCUAGUUCCACAAUCAUACUCGCACACUCGACAAGUUCUUCCAUGUGAUUUUGUGAUUUGUUCCCUUGAAUCCCUUUGUCCUCGUGGCUCUGUCAAAUCGAAGUUCCAUCUGCAACUGCAAUUUGCCAACUUCGUUGUGAAUCCUUGACCCUGUGAGGGGUGACGACGACCUCUUUCCGCCACCUGCGAUUCCAGAUUUCCAGUCUCUUCUUUCACUCACUCACUUCUUCAGACUUCACGAUUCGAGAUCUUGGACGCGAGUUUGUAACUCCGUCCUCCUUUCUGUCGUUUGCCUCCCCAUUCCCCAAUCACCAUCUCCGCAUCUACUUCGGCUUCGAGGUUCAAGCUACAGAAUCCAAGCCAUCACCAUCGACUGCUUUGUUCUUCUUAAGACAUUAGUCUCGGCCUCUGUUCUUCUCUGCUCUUCGUCGACUCUAGUCUAGAGUUUGCUACUGUGCUCACCUCCGUUUGCAUCGUUAGCAUCUGGGUUCCUCACUUUCUCGGUUGCUUAGACUUCAAGUCACGAUUUCAUUGAGCUUGUUGUCUUCCUCCCUUGCAGACUUACAGUCUCAAACUAGAAAAUGAUGCUUAGGAGUCGAGUAAUGAGCCUCCAUAAUUCUCAUCUCGCUUGGAUUUCUUCUAAAUUUGUGGGAAUUAAUGCUUCUUCUAUCUCUUUCCAAUUCCCUCUUUCACAUUCAACCCUUGGAAACUCGAAGCAGCAUGUUUCAGCUUCCUCGAAGACUCAAAACCCUUCAUCCUCAGGUACAGACGAGUUCAUCAAAACUUUACUAUUUGUUCCUCCGGGAGUUGAACUCAACAAGGUCAACGAGGAUAUGGUUCUUCCUGGGUCCAACGUAGUUGUUGGACCCUGCGCUGGUGAUGCUCGGAUAAAGGAGGUUGAGUUUGUGAAGAGCAGCAGUCGGGCUAAAGAUUGCCCAAAGGAUGACCGACCGGAGUUCGCUAUUUUAGGUCGCUCCAAUGUUGGAAAGUCUUCCCUCAUAAAUUCUCUGGUUCGCAAGAAAGAAGUUGCUCUCACAUCUAAGAAGCCAGGAAAAACCCGGCUUAUCAAUCAUUUCUUGGUGAACAGAAGUUGGUAUAUCGUGGAUUUGCCUGGUUAUGGCUUUGCUAAAGCAUCAGAAGCUGCCAGAAUGGAUUGGUCCUCAUUCACAAAAGGCUACUUUUUGAACAGGGAUACUCUGGUUGCCGUCUUGCUUCUCAUUGAUGCAAGUGUUCCACCUCAAAAGAUUGACUUUGAUUGUGCCAAUUGGCUUGGACGCAAUAAUAUUCCCAUUACUUUUGUCUUCACAAAAUGUGACAAAAUGAAGGCGGGAAAGGGAAAAAGGCCUGAUGAAAACAUAAGAGUUUUUCAAGAGCUGAUCAGACAAAAUUACCGGCAACAUCCUCCGUGGAUUAUGACCAGCAGUGUCACAGGACUCGGCAGGGAUGAGCUUCUGUUGCAUAUGUCACAGUUAAGAAACUAUUGGAAUCAGUAGAUAGAGUCAUAGAGUAGUCUUUAUUUUUAUACCUUCAGCAAGAGGUAACUGUGUACAAAGGGUUCGGCAAAAUAGCUUUUUGACUUGUGUUUGUUGCACCUCAAAUGCGACCAUAAAGCAACCAAAAUUUGAUUUUCAUAACAAAGAUAAAUUGGAACAAAGUUGACUUCA